AGUGGGGACUGUUGUGUUGUGAAAAUGGCGACGCCUCGUCGCUCCUCUCAGCAGCAGCAGCAGCAGCCAAACUCCCUGCUGUCCUCCCCGCCCCGCGGCGCCUCUCACCCCGCCACCCCACUUGGCUCUCCGCCGGCACCCACCGACGAUGCCACCGCGCUCACCCGAGGUGGCGCGAUGGAAACCAGGUCUGACGGCGAGGGAACCCCUGCCUCUCCCACCAGUACCUCCUCCUCCUCCUCCUCCUCCCCGGCUCUGGCCCUCACCGCCAGCAGCAGCAGCAGCGCUAGCAGCAGCGCUAGCUCCCCGACAACCACCGAAGGUAGCGGGACCAGCCCCGGCUCGACGCCCGACUCGGGCAGCGGGGACGCGGGCAGCAGCAGCAGCAGCAGCGGUAGCAGCGGCGGCGGCGGCGGGGGAAACGGGGCUUUCAGGGAGCUGUUUGAAGCCUGUCGGACCGGCGACGUUACGAGGGUGAAGAAACUCGUGGACACGCUGAACGUGAACGCCAAAGACAUGGCCGGACGUAAAUCAACGCCGCUGCAUUUCGCCGCAGGUUUUGGGCGGAGAGAUGUGGUGGACCACCUGCUUCAGAUGGGCGCCAAUGUGCACGCACGGGACGACGGCGGACUGAUCCCGCUUCACAACGCCUGCUCAUUCGGCCACUCCGAGGUGGUGUCCCUGCUGCUGUGUCAGGGGGCCGACCCCAACUCUCGAGACAACUGGAACUACACGCCACUCCACGAAGCUGCCAUCAAGGGCAAGAUAGACGUCUGUAUAGUGUUACUGCAGCACGGAGCCGACCCCAACAUCCGCAACACCGACGGCAAGUCCGCCCUGGACCUGGGUGAGCCCUCCGGCAAGGCCGUUCUCACAGGUGAAUACAAAAAGGAUGAGCUCCUGGAGGCUGCGAGGAGUGGAAACGAAGAGAAGCUAAUGGCCUUGCUCACUCCGCUCAACGUCAACUGCCACGCUAGCGACGGCCGCAAGUCCACUCCGCUACACCUGGCAGCGGGAUACAACCGGGUGAGGAUAGUUCAGCUGCUACUACAGCACGGAGCAGAUGUUCACGCCAAGGACAAGGGCGGUCUGGUGCCUCUACAUAACGCAUGCUCUUAUGGACAUUAUGAAGUUACUGAGCUGCUGCUAAAGCAUGGGGCGUGUGUGAACGCCAUGGAUCUGUGGCAGUUCACCCCACUCCAUGAGGCGGCAUCUAAAAACCGAGUGGAGGUCUGCUCCCUGCUGCUGAGCCACGGGGCCGACCCGACCCUGCUCAACUGCCACAGCAAGAGCUCCGUGGACAUGGCGCCCACUCCCGAGCUGAAGGAGAGACUGGCAUAUGAGUUUAAGGGCCACUCGCUGCUUCAAGCUGCUCGAGAAGCUGACAUGGCCAAGGCCAAGAAGACCCUGGCCAUGGAGAUCAUCAACUUCAAACACCCUCACACACACGAGACCGCGCUGCAUUGUGCUGUAGCAUCGCCGCACCCGAAGAGGAAACAGGUGACGGAGCUGCUGUUGAGGAAAGGCGCCAGUGUAAACGAGAAGAAUAAAGAUUUCAUGACUCCUCUCCAUGUGGCAGCAGAACGCGCUCAUAAUGACAUCAUGGAGGUGCUGCAGAAACAUGGUGCCAAGGUGAACGCCGUGGACACGCUGGGUCAGACGGCGCUGCACCGCGCGGCGAUGGCGGGCCACCUACAGACCUGCAGGCUGUUGCUAGGAUACGGGGCGGACGCCUCGCUGGUGUCCCUGCAGGGCUUCACUGCUGCUCAAAUGGGAAAUGAAGCCGUUCAGCAAAUACUCAACGAGAACGUCCCGGUGAGAAACUCAGACGUUGACUACAGACUUCUGGAAGCUGCUAAAGCCGGAGACCUGGAUACUGUCAAGUCGUUGUGCACGGCUCAGAAUGUGAAUUGCAGAGACCUGGAGGGAAGACACUCCACUCCCCUUCACUUCGCUGCCGGCUACAACCGAGUGACGGUGGUGGAGUACCUGCUGCACCACGGGGCUGACGUGCACGCCAAGGACAAAGGAGGCCUGGUUCCCCUCCACAAUGCCUGUUCGUACGGUCACUACGAGGUGGCCGAGCUGCUGGUCAGACACGGAGCCUCGGUCAACGUGGCCGACUUGUGGAAGUUCACGCCGCUCCAUGAAGCCGCUGCCAAGGGCAAAUAUGAGAUCUGCAAGCUGCUGCUCAAGCACGGCGCAGACCCCACCAAGAAGAACCGAGACGGGAACACGCCUCUGGACCUGGUGAAGGACGGGGACACCGACAUCCAGGACCUGCUGAGAGGAGACGCCGCACUGCUGGACGCCGCUAAAAAAGGCUGCCUGGCCCGGGUGCAGAAGUUGUGUAGCCCCGACAACAUCAACUGUCGGGAUACGCAGGGACGCAACUCGACGCCUCUGCACCUUGCAGCUGGCUAUAACAACUUGGAGGUGGCGGAGUAUCUGUUGGAACAUGGAGCCGAUGUGAAUGCACAGGACAAAGGAGGGCUGAUACCUUUACACAAUGCUGCUUCAUACGGGCACGUGGACAUCGCCGCCCUGUUGAUCAAGUACAACACGUGUGUCAACGCCACAGACAAGUGGGCGUUUACUCCCCUCCACGAGGCGGCCCAGAAGGGGCGGACCCAGCUCUGCGCUCUGCUAUUGGCCCAUGGAGCCGAUCCCACCAUGAAGAACCAGGAGGGACAGACGCCACUGGACUUGGCGACGGCUGAUGACAUCAGAGCAUUGUUGAUUGACGCCAUGCCGCCAGAUGCCCUGCCAAGCUGCUUGAAACCCCAGGCCACUGUGGUGAGCGCAAGUGUGGUGAGUACUGGUGCGGCAGGGGGCGUGGUCAUCUCUCCCUCCCCAUCGCCGUCCUGCCUGUCUGCAGCCAGCAGCAUAGACAACCUGACCACGCCUCUCGGUGACAUCACUGUGGGCGGUGCCACCGGACCGGCAGACGGAGCAGCGUCUGGGUCCGACAGGAAGGAAGGAGAAAGCUUGUACACGCUGCUGGACAUGACCAUCAACCAGUUCUUAAAAAGCCUCGGGUUGGAGCACCUCCGAGACACCUUCCAGCGAGAACAGAUUUCGCUGGAUGUGCUGGCAGACAUGGGUCACGAGGAGCUGAAAGAGAUCGGCAUCAACGCUUACGGUCACAGACAUAAACUCAUCAAGGGCAUCGAGAGGCUGCUGGGAGGCCAGCAAGGUGCAAACCCAUACCUGACGUUCCACUGCUCCAGCCAGGGCACCGUGCUCAUUGACCUGGCAACGGACGACAAGGAGUUCCAGUCUGUGGAGGAGGAACUGCAGAGCACCAUCAGAGAACACCGCGAUGGCGGCAACGCAGGUGGAGUCUUCAGCCGGUACAACAUCAUUAAGAUUCAGAAGGUGGUGAAUAAGAAGCUGCGGGAGAGAUAUGCACACAGACAAAAGGAAAUAGCGGACGAGAAUCACAACCAUCACAACGAGCGAAUGCUCUUUCAUGGUUCUCCCUUCAUCAAUGCCAUCAUCCACAAGGGCUUCGACGAGCGGCACGCAUACAUCGGCGGCAUGUUUGGUGCUGGGAUCUAUUUUGCCGAGAACUCCUCCAAAAGCAACCAGUACGUGUACGGGAUUGGUGGAGGCACGGGAUGUCCAACCCACAAAGACCGCUCCUGCUACGUGUGCCACAGGCCGAUGCUGUUCUGCAGAGUGACGCUGGGGAAGUCGUUUCUUCAGUUCAGUGCGAUGAAGAUGGCCCACGCCCCCCCGGGACACCACUCCGUCAUCGGGCGACCCAGCGUCAACGGGCUGGCGUACGCCGAGUACGUCAUCUACAGAGGGGAGCAGGCUUACCCAGAAUACUUGAUCACGUACCAGAUUGUGAAGCCGGAGAUUGUGGCUCCGCCCGCUGCCGCCCCCGAGCAGAAGUCCUAGAACACAAUCACAGUUGGAGCCGGACUGCGAUGGACUACAACCGCUCUCUGAGAGGAGACUAGAAAUGAACUAGAGGGCGUUUCAAGCCUCAGAGCCUCGAAAUUAAAGUCUCCGGAGCUGAACUUGGGGCGGGCGAGGUGAAGCGGCGACCGCGCAGUGGUCGGACGACCCUCGGAAACAGACCUGGAUGUGUCUUAAGAGGAAAGGAGGACGCGUUGCGGGGGUUGUGCUACAUGCUCAGUCCAAAAGCAGCGUUAAUUAAUUGGGUCUAAUUUAGCUCGGAGAAAAUGCAAAGGGUUUGAUCAACCACUCUGGAAGUGGACCAGUAAGCAGAUUUUUUAAUUUGCGGGGCCUCUUGUCUUGAUUCUUUAAACAAUUAGUGAAAGCAAUUAGAACCGGACACGGUACAAAGCGGCGCAAACAUCCCUGAUGUUGCACCUUUUGCGCACUGCCCAUGUAAUCUACCCAGUUUUUGAAUGUGUUGUUUUGAUAUCGUCUCCUCUCUCUGCGUCAUCCACAGCAGCAAAACAACACCCCGAGGCCACUUCCACAAACAGCGAUUGUCGUCGUGCUGAGAGAACAGAAAUCCAGCACAUUUUAUGUCGCAGCUUGUCACAUUUUCACCAAUGAGGCUCAUGUACACAUCUCUCUCUCUCUCUCUCUCUCUCUCUCUCUCGCUCUCUCUGUGUAAACAAAGUAGAAAAUAUGAAACGAGAGUGAGCGUAGAGAAACAACAGAGAUUACAGCGGACAAAUACCCAGAAAUUGAUAGGAGGAAAACAAACAGGGGGGACCACAAAUCCACUGCUUAGGUUACAGAGCCUCCGCCACAGUCCACACUGGGACCAUCUUCGACAUCCACCGGCCCCCCCAAACCAGUCCACGUCAGAGGACAGCUGCCGCCUGCAAAACCUGAAUAAUAAAGAAAACACUUUUUAGAUAAAUGGGCCAGAAAAUCCAACAUUUGGGACAGAGCUGAGUUGUUACAAGCAAACAGACACCCGACAAUAAAAAAAUGUUUUUUUUUAAACAUGGCUUUCUGAGCCUCAAAGGUGCGAUUCAGAGCAUUAAUAAAGCAGCAAACAUUAAGAUUGUAAACAUUAUUGUAAUAUAAUCAAUGCGUACUUGAACAGAGAAUGAAGUAGCUCUCUCUCUCUAAUGGCCGCCGCUCUGCACUGCGUCCAUACGGUGGUUACCCAUAGCCACUCUUCCUCCACUCCAAGUUUGAAUCAUAAAUAUGGGAAAUACGGUCCGUUUGAUUUCUCUUUGUUGACCAACCCGGCCGAGCUUUCUCUGGAUGGUGCACUGAUGGUGUCUGCGGUGACGUGUUGUUACAUUGUCUCCUUCGCUGUGAGGAGUGACUGUUACCAACACAAGAAAUAGCUUAUACAGAUAAACAUUCAUAUGAUAUAACAUAACAGUCGGCUUCACCCGGAGCAUCUUUCUGCUUCGUGUUUUAAAGCCUGGAUCCACAUGUCCUUGUUUUUUUUUUGUUAACAAGAACCUGCUGCCUUCUGCCCCUUUUCCUCGACCUGUGACUCUUGAUGCCCCCUAGUGGUGCAGCAGAGGAGCUGCUGGCCGCUAGUAUUGAGUUGAAGGAAACAAGUCUAGUUCUCCAUCAGGAAGGCGUUCAUGUGUCAUUCCUACACUGCUAUUUGUGUUUUCCUGGGGGUCCAUUCCAUUUUUGUGUUUUGUUCCUUUGCCCGUGUCUUUUAUUUUCAGGUCGAGUUUACACUCCACAAACAUUAUAUUAUUAUACAUUAGCAAAUGGGGGAAACGUGACCACCGUCACUGUAUCUUAGCAAGCCAUUCAGCGGGCUGGUCAAAGGCUUCAAAAAGAUAUUUAUAUGAGAUCUGCAGGUUCGUUAAGGUCGAGGAUGACGAGAAGGAUAACUUUUCUGUUUGUAUUACCCAUUUAUUAUAGUGACACUAACAUGUUCCACAAACCUCAUAACGGCAAGAAGAUAAGCAAACUCCUCCAUACUCUUCAACUGUUGUUGUUUUUGUUGUUGUAUUAUACCGGCCAUGUUUUCUGUUUUAAUAUUUAUGAUGAUUAUUAUGUUCACUACUUGGGGCCACACAUGACGUCAGUCUCCUCCGUGUCCAUCUCGUGGGGUCAAGUGGAGCAGUGCUGCGAAAGGGACAUGGCCUUAACCGUUUGCCUUGAAGUCGCUUGGAAACAAACGUCCGAUGAAUGAGAGCUGGUUCAUAUCCGAUGCACAAUGUAAAAGAUCAGAGAGGGACGGGCCAUUUAUUUCUGACGAAAGCUGCUCUGAUAUUUGAUUUUUUUCGUUCUCAUUUUAUCCCGACGUUGUUCCAGUGUCUGCCAGACAAACUCCGAUUUCAGCUGAUUUGCACUCGCAAGGUGAAGAUGACGUUGGUCUGAGUGAAGUGAGCCCAAAGCGUCCCGUCUGUUGACAGAAGUCUCCAUGUGUCCUCUGAGGAAGUGAACGGGGAGCGCAGAGAAGGCCCAAAACUAUUGCACUCCUUUUUUUUUUACCCGUGAAAUUCUUUCACGUCAGCAAUUUCUCCCGCUCGGUUUCUCAGCCCACGUGUUUGAUAGCAAUCGUUCAUGCCGAUAACAUUGAAUGAUAACGUUAAUUGAGUUUAGUGCACAUUUCAACGUGAUUAAUUGCGAGGAAAAUCGAAAAAAGAAAUGACUAAAAAAAGAAAAAAAACUAUUAAAUGAAUAAGUAGGAAAGAAUAACAGCUGAUGAUUUAUGUAAAAAUGAGAAAAACUAAUAAGCUUGAAAUUAAAUUGUCCGCACUGGGACCGAGUUACCCCUCAGUGAAUAACUGAAAUAACAUAAUGUCCAUCAAAUUAUUGAUUUCCCUACAGAAAAUUAUAUUAAGUCUUAGCAUUUCACUAACUUACCUGAUUUACUUGCUCGGAUUACAUUUUUAACUAAUAUGGUUUAAAGUCCAGACAGAAUUAUUACGUUUCCCGAUGAUUAUUAUUUGUUGAAACUCCUUCUGUGUUGCCCCCUGAUCAGAGUCAGCAGAAAGAUAGAGAUGUCAGAUGGCGUGGCAGCGUCACUCUCGGCUUAAACAGAACGUAGAGGUCAUGGUGUUGACCUCGUGGAGGUCGGCGUAGAGGUCAUGGUGUUGACCUCGGCGUAGAGGUCAUGGUGUUGACCUCGUGGAGGUCGGCGUAGAGGUCAUGGUGUUGACCUCGGCGUAGAGGUCAUGGUGUUGACCUCGUGGAGGUCGGCGUAGAGGUCAUGGUGUUGACCUCGUGGAGGUCGGCUGCGGGCCUCGUUUUAAAAGUCACUGUAAAUAAACGAACUCCAGACGGGCCUUUUUAAGGAUGAUUUUGUGUAUAUUUUUCUUGCUUUCUUUUCUCGUUGCAAAGACUUUUUUAAUGUGAAAACUAUUUGAAUUGCGUUUGAGCUGGCCUGCCUCUACUUAUCGGUCUCAAGGGCCAGUCGGCCAUGUUGUUGUAAACGGUUUGGAGGAUCCAGGCCUCACCUUGUGACCGGCCUUCUACCAAACAGCACCAGUUUAAUGAACACACCUCCUCAUCAGUAACUUCCUGUUUGACUUCCUGUUGUACAGACUGUUGUACAGAGCUGCUGACCAGUUAACAUGUGGAACAGAUAAAUGUGUACAGAAGAAAAUAAUAAUAAAAACAACUUAACAAA